AUGCUCGAAAUUGUUCAAGGUGGACUUGGCCUUCACAACCUAUGGAUCUUCUGGUACUUCAUUUAUCUAUGGGGAUCUGCUCUUUCCAGUUUCUUUGCUUUCUGGACUGGAUUGUUCGCUGGUUUUGAUGGUGAUGAUUGGGUUUCAGAGUAUGAAUCUGCCUUAAACCACUAUAAAGACAUAAUCAUUAAUGAUUUCCUCUAUUGA